GGGAAUGCUUGUGUGGCUGCUGGCUCACGCAGACACCUUCGAGGGCAUCUGUGGGGUUGUUGCAGUGGAGUUGGACACGGUACGCUGGCUGCCAUCUGAGCGUGGCACAGCAGCAGUGGGUGGGCAUGUGAUGGAGCAGGAGCCCUGGGUCCUCUGUGUGGCUGUAGCCCCAGGUGCAAGGUGCUUCUCCUCUUCUUUCCCCUCAGUCCUGACUGCUUCUUCCCUUCCCACAGGCAUGAGUGACCAGGCUCAUCCCCAGCACUGAGCAGCCGCAGCCGGGCCACCAUGCCAAUCCCACCCCCGCCGCCGCCGCCCCCCGGCCCCGCCGCCCCCACCUUCAGUCAGGCGAACACAGAACCACCAAAAUUGAGCCGAGAGGAGCAGCGCGGCCGUGGAGCCCUCCUGCAGGACAUCUGUAAAGGGACCAAGCUAAGGAAGGUGACACAAAUCAAUGACCGGAGCGCCCCGAUCCUAGAGAAGCCCAAGGGCAGCGGUGGCAGCAGCUACGGCUCCAGCUCAGCUGCGAUCCAGCCCAAAGGUGGCCUCUUCCAAGGGGGCGUGCCCAAGCUCAGACCUGUGGGAGCAAAGGACGGCUCAGACAGCGCCGGGAAGCAAACCCUGCAAGUCCCCGGCUCCAGAGCCGCUGCCCCCAGGCCCCCGGUGCCGGCCAGCAACAGCCGACCUCAGGAUGAUUCUGACAACAGCCGAGCCUCUCCGCCGGAGCUGCCGCGCACGCAGCGGCCAUCCCUUCCAGACCUCUCCCGGCCCGCCCGCUGCGGGGCCGGGGGGGUGUCACCGUGGGUCCCCUUGUCCCACUGUGCAGAUGCUGACCUCGCUCUCCUUGCAGCCCCGCCGCCCCCGCCACCCAUGCUGCGAAAUGGGGGGCGUGAUGCCCCCCCGCCCCCACCCCCCUACAGACUGCAUGGUUCUACUGAGCCCCCCAGCCGCGGGAAGCCACCCCCACCGCCCACCCGGACGCCUGCAGGGCCACCCCCACCCCCACCGCCAGUGAGGAACGGGCACCGGGACUCCAUCGCCACUGUCAGAGCAUUCCUGGAUGACUUUGAAUCCAAAUACUCGUUUCACCCCGUCGAAGACUUUCCAGCCCCAGAAGAAUAUAAAUACUUCCAGAGAAUCUACCCCAGCAAAAACAAACAGAGCCACACGUGGGGCCCCUCCUCUGCCCCCCAUCCCCAGGUGAAAGCGAGCUGUGCCGGCGGUCGGUCCUGAGCACAGCCAAGAGCUGCCCCCCCUUCUUCAGACGGACCCUCCCCACCUCCCCGCCCCCAGGAACCUGCAUGAGAAACUCCCGGCACCUUCAGCUCUCCCAGGACAAGCGGACGCCCCGGCCCACGCUCACCACGAACCCACACGGCUCUUUUCCCCGCAGCCCCACGUUGGACCCCGCGC